GCGGCGGACUCGUUGGUUUGUUGACGCAUUUAUGCCGCGAGUUUAAUUUUGUAGCUAUCAGACAGUUACCUCUGAGCAAAUAGCUUAAAAAUCAGUUUACAGGUUACAUAUCGUGUUUUCAGCAGUAGUUAACCUCCAGUUUGUGACUUUCCUUUUUUGCCGACUUUGUUGUGGUUGUCUGGGAAAUCUUCGGUUUGGUUUGUCAACAGUUCUUCCGCGUGAAAAAUGUCUGUGGAUACAGAGGAAACUCACCAGAGGUUAAAAGCUGCAGUUCAUUAUACAGUGGGUCGUCUCUGCCAGAAGAUCGGUGAAGACCACCGGAGACAGUUCAGCCGACAAGCUAUAGCGGCAAUAGCCGAGACGACAUUCAGACAGUGUGAUAUAUUUGCAAAAGACCUGGAGGCUUUUGCAAGGCAUGCUAAAAGAAGCACCGUGUCUGUAGAUGAUGUGAAACUUGUAGCCCGCCGCAGUACUGCUUUGUCCAUCCACAUACAAAAUAAAAGUGAAGAACUGACCCAGGAGCACAUGAGUUUAAAAAAGAAGACCACUGCAAAGAGGAAGAGCAUAGAAACUGAGGAGGAAAGCAGAGAAUAA